GCUUGUCUUCCAUUUCUCUUCCAAACUUCAAACAGCCCUAGAGAGAAGGAGGAGCCGACUUCCAGAAAGAGGAAGGAAAAUGUCUUGUUCAAUGAAUAGCGAAGCAACCUCUGUGGAGCCCAUGUGUCGUUGUGGACUUCCGGCACCUUUGAAGACCUCCUUCACUGAGGAUAAUUUCGGCCGGUUGUUCUACGGUUGUGUUAACUUUGAGGCCGGUCGCUCUUGUGGAUUCUUCCAAUGGAAAGAUAGUGACAUGUGUGACCAUGCUAAACGAGUGAUGGGUCGUUUGCAACAUAGGGACGCGAUGCUGAACAAAGAGGUUAUAGAGUUGAAGGCCAAGCUAGAGAUUGAAACAAUUCGAUAUGACAUGCAAGUGAAAGUUUCAAAGACAACUAGUCAUCUUUUGGCAUUUUCUUGGAUUUUUUUUGUUGUCUUUGUAGCUGUAUUUUGGGGCCAGUAUCAUGGUGCAGGACAUUUGUAUUACAAACGGCUACCAUGAAACAAAAUGGCUUGUGUAUUUGUAAUUUUGGAACUUUGUAAUGACUAGUUCAUUGGGGCCAGUAUCUAGUGAUGACUAAUGUAUUUGGUAUCUUUGUAAUGAGUAAUGGCCUUUUUGCUCUAUGAAAUGGGAUGUUCAUUUUGUUG